CAAAGCACAUCGCAACGUCAAGCAAGUCUUCAUAAUCCCCAUUACUUCCUGUCGCAAAUCGAUCAUCCGCCAAGGUAUCUUUCUGUCUGCGAAAGCCGCCCCGAAUGCUCAGACAAAGCGCCUGCUCUGAUCUCCAGCAGGUUGCAUUGCCUGACAUAUUAA